AUGGAGUUCCAGGCAUCAGGACAUUUGGGCCCGUUCAAUGAACCAGUCGGACACACUACCAGCCUCCUUUCACACACACGUACUAUGAACGACCUUCCAAUAGAGGUCAAGUGUAUGAUCGCGUUCAACCUCCGCAAUUGCGACGCAAACCCUCAUGGACCUCGCGACAUCAAGCAGCUGCGUCUCAUCAACAAAGCCUUUUCUGAUGCAGGAGCCGAGCAUCUCCUGCCAGAGAUCCACCUCACGUUCCAGAGUCAAAGCUUCAAGCGACUGCGGACCAUUUCCGAACACCCUAUCUACAGCCAACACGUCAAGAGUCUCCAAUAUGAUCCCAAUACCUUUGGGGAGUACCAUGAGAGCUACGAGGGAUGCUACGAGGGAUGGGUGAAAGGUACUGACGAGAUGUCUUUCAUAGGGGAUUGCAGGCCAUUUGGUGAAGUAGGGAAAGAAGAUGAAGGCGACUGUCCACAGCUCGUCGGCGGCAGUGAGCUGGAGGGAAUCAAAGCGGAAACGUUAGAGAGGUACAAAUCCUACCAGGCAGUCUGUUCGGAUCAAAUGUCGAUUCGUUCGCAGGAAGAUAGGUACAACUUCGGCCUGGUGGUGCAAGCUGUGGCUCGGCUGCCGAAGCUGGCAGAAGUCACGUUGAACUUCGAACACGGAGCAGGCACGCGAUCAAAUGCCUUCAAGCGCGCGUAUGCAGAGACUCUUUAUAUACCAAGAGGAGAUGACGGCCACAGAUGUCCUUAUGGCUUGAUGCAGCUUUGCUCAGUACUUGUCGGUGUCGCCUCCGCAGGAACCAAGCUCAAGUCCCUCGAUUGUGGCAAGAUAAGCUGGGAGUUCUUGGAACUACUAGAGGGGAUAUACAUGAGGAGAAUAGAACCCGCAUUCAAGCACCUCGACUCCUUCCGCAUCACACUCCACACGGGUCAGGGGUAUCUCGAUUACCGCGCUUUCCUAUUUCAAGUUUAUGACUGCUACCAAGUCUCACGAAAGCAUCAGAUGUGUGAGCUGCUCUCGGCUGCGAAGGAUCUCAAGACCUUGAGUUUCUGUACGGAAGAAACCGACAGUAUAGACCUUGACUUCAUAGUUGGGACCACUACCUGGGCAUCUCUGAGGAUAGUUGAACUUGACACAAUCACUACUGGCGAGGAUCAAUUGAUCGAGUUCUUGAAGAGACAUGGAGGGACACUGAAGGAGCUUGGACUGAACAACAUUAAGCUCGCACCUGGCGACUGGACUUUGGCGCUGCCUCGGAUACGGGACGCUGCGAAACUCGAUGAGUUCCGCGCCGUUGGCUCUUGGUGGGCUGGCUCUUUCUUUUCAGCCCUUAUUUAUCAAUGCUGGGCUGUCGACACGUCCUGGGAUUCAGCGAGAUCCAAUGAAACGACAUUGUCGCAAGCUCACAAACUGGGCAUAGCCGUCAACAGAUAUGUACUCAAAGGAGGGGAUUGCCCACUGCCGGACACUACCACCUAG